AUGGUCGAUCACAAGAAUAACGAGAAAGCCUCCAUUGAUUUAGACAUGGAACACCAGCAUCGAGAGUCUCGGAAGAAUAUUGGAUUCGGAGGGACUAUGUGGUUGGCCUUCCAGUCAAUCGGAGUCAUCUAUGGUGACAUUGGUACUUCACCUUUGUAUGUGUAUACCGGUAUUUUUCCGGAUCCUACGAAACCACCAUCUGCCGAAGACACCCUCGGCGCCUUGUCUUUGAUUAUCUGGUCCUUGACCAUAGUACCGUUGCUCAAAUAUGUCUUUAUCAUUUUGAGGGCUGACGAUCAUGGCGAAGGUGGUACCUUCGCUCUGUACUCGUUGUUAAGUCGAUACUCGGGAUUAUCUAUUCGAGGUGAAAACCGCAUUGAUGAUUUAACAAUUACGAAUUAUGAUGCAAUUUCGGUACAAAGUGCUACCAAGGAACAGCCAAAUUUUAUAAAGCGCAGUAGAUUGUUGCAAAGAAUCUUGAUUGUCGUCGUUUUAUUCGGAACUUCCUUGGUAAUAAGCGAUGGGUUGCUCACACCUGCCAUAUCUGUAAUUUCCGCUGUCGAAGGCAUUGCAAUUCCGGCACCGGUCAAACGAUGCAAUACCCUUCCUCAAAAUAUUUCUCGAAAUAGUGCCAUAUUGAUUGUAUUAUUCUUGGGACAACGUCUCGGAACGCAAAGAGUUGGCGUUCUCUUUGCACCUAUUGUCAGCCUUUGGUUCAUUUCCCUUGCCUCGAUCGGAAUAUGGAACAUUUCGAAAUAUCCAUCCGUAUUGAAAGCCUACAAUCCUUAUUACGCCAUUGAUUACUUCAUUAGGAAUGGCAGUGAUAGUUUCCAAGUUCUUGGUGGUGUUCUUUUAGCCAUCACUGGUGUUGAGGCUAUGUUUGCCGAUUUGGGCCAUUUCAAUCGCACUGCUAUUCAGAUUUCCUUCCCAUGUUUCACCUAUCCACCCUUGAUAUUGGCAUAUUGUGGACAAGCAGCCCGUCUUACCUUAGAUCCCACGAUAAUUUCUAACACCUUUUGGAAUAGUUUGCCUGACAUCAAUGGACCAACGUAUUGGAUUUCAUUUGUCCUGGCUACUCUCGCCACCAUUAUCGCCUCUCAAGCUAUGAUUUCGGCCACCUUCUCGUUACUUCAUCAAGCAAUGCAAUUGGACUGUUUUCCCAGAGUUAAGGUUAUACACACUUCCGAGAAAGUCGCGGGUCAAAUUUAUGUUCCGGAGAUCAAUUACCUCCUAAUGAUUGGAAUUGUGCUUGUUGUCAUUGUAGCUCAGACUGCUGCAAAUCUAACCAUAGCUUAUGGUGAGUAA